UUAAUCCUAGGGCAAACUAAGUUGGUUUUGUCCUCACCCGUCUGGGUGUGGUUACGUAAGAGUUGGUGUUUGCUCAGGAAGAGAUUUGAGAGUGCUUGCUUAAGCCUUAGACCCAGGGAAAUCUCCCCGACUGUGUCCUGACAAGUGACUCCCUGUGUUGUGUUCGUUUGUCUUUUGCAGCGCAAACCCCCCGGCAGACAAGAUGGAUUGGAGCACCCUACAGACCAUCCUGGGGGGUGUCAACAAGCACUCCACCAGCAUUGGGAAAAUCUGGCUCACCGUCCUCUUCAUCUUCCGCAUUAUGAUCCUGGUGGUGGCCGCAAAGGAGGUGUGGGGGGACGAGCAGGCCGACUUCGUCUGCAACACCCUGCAGCCCGGCUGCAAGAACGUGUGCUAUGACCACUACUUCCCCAUCUCCCACAUCCGGCUCUGGGCCCUGCAGCUGAUCUUCGUAUCCACGCCGGCACUGCUGGUGGCCAUGCACGUGGCCUACCGGAGACACGAGAAGAAGAGGAAGUUCAUCAAGGGGGAGAUUAAGAGCGAAUUUAAGGACAUCGAGGAGAUCAAGACCCAGAAGGUCCGCAUCGAGGGGUCGCUGUGGUGGACCUACACCAGCAGCAUCUUCUUCCGCGUCAUCUUCGAGGCGGUCUUCAUGUACGUGUUCUACAUCAUGUAUGACGGCUUCUCCAUGCAGCGCCUGGUGAAGUGCAACGCCUGGCCCUGCCCCAACACGGUGGACUGCUUUGUGUCCCGGCCCACGGAGAAGACCGUCUUCACCGUGUUCAUGAUCGCGGUGUCUGGAAUUUGCAUCCUGCUGAACGUCACUGAACUGUGCUACUUGCUAAUCAGAUAUUGUUCUGGGAGGUCCAAAAAACCAGUCUAACGCAUUGUCCGGCUGUUAGCUUAAAAAAAAGAAAAGAAAAAAAAAAAAAGAAACAGACGGCAAGAAAACGAUGAGGCAACCUGUGCUUAGCUGUCAAGGCUCAGUCAUCAGCAUUUCCCAAGACAAAGAUUCUGAUCUCAACGCAACCAUCCGAAACCUGCUCCCCCCGAGCUCAGAGCCAGGGCCUCACCAGUGCCCGCGUUAAUUUUUACUCAAGUUAGUUCCAGUGAGACCCCGCGCCAUAGGGGUUAUUGGUGUAAGGCACUUGCAUCUCUUAAACAAAGAUAUCAGCAGCUCUUACUCUGUCUCUGAGGACAGGAAAGAAAGGCUGGGUACCAAAAAGGACACUGACAAGCUUUGGGUGUCCUUCCUAGUGUUUCCUUUGCCAAUGUUCCCUGAAUUAAAGGUAAACAUAGAGAAUCUUGGUUCUUUUAUCUGCUUUGGAAGUUUUAAUUUCUAACAAUGGACAAAGUUACCUAAUGCAUCCAACCCUGUUAUACAUUCUUUUUUUUUUUCUUUAAGAGAAAACUUUAAGAUAGGUUCUUUUGCUCUAAAGCUGUUCUGGAUACUACUAUCACGUUUCUCCUAUUUCAGCGGCUCAGAUGGUGAGAUGCGACCGGUGUGUAACGAGACACCAUGCCUCGAUUUAGAAUGUGGCCUUUUGGUUCUGACCAGUUCUCCGUGCAGCAGAGGCCCCCAUCACGUCAGCCGAGGCGUGUAGCAGGGAGCAACCUUGCGGCCUCUCUCUCAAGAGAGACAAACUAUUUCUGAGAGUGAUGAUGGCCCAUGGCAGCAAAUGGCCUCGUCUCGAAAUUCCGGCGUGAUGUUGCGUGGUGCACGCAGGAUGCUCGGGCAGGUACCGCCUGGGUCGCAGGCUGCCCGCCCUCUCCCGAGCUGCGGCAGAGGUCGCCAGCGGCGGAGGGCCGCCGGCCUGAGAGGCUGCUCGGGCCGCCCGUGGGCCCCGCACAGUUUAACGGUGGGGACGGAACAGGGCCGGAGGAGGGAGGACUUGCUGCUCUUGGAGAACAGACGGACAGACCAGACUCUAAAUUCUGUUGAUUAAAAAUGAGUUUCAUCUACUUCAAACGUUUGUCUGCUACCCUCUUCAGCAUCCAGUUGUUUUUAAGUAAAAAUAGAACUAAUGCACAUUUGAAAAGAAUAGAAAGGGUUUAGGCAAAUAUUCAGCAGUCCUACAGGACAAACGAACCCAAAUGUUGCCAUUAUCCUCGGCAUGGUUCCCAAAAAAAAAAAAAAAAAAAAU